AUGGAUUAUAGAGUGAAAAUUGAUAAUAAAUGUGCAUAUCUUGUUGUUCACUUGUUUCAGGUUAUGCUAGAUACAAUAGGCCCUGAAUUCCAAGUUCUUAAUAAAAGUGAAAAAUCGAUUGCACUGAAGGCUGAAUCAUCGGUUGUUUUGACUCCGGAUCAAGAUAAAGAAGCAACUUCAGAUGUAUUGCCAAUCAAUUAUGAUGGAUUAGCAAAGGCAGUAAAGAAAGGAGACACCAUCUUUCUAGGUCAAUACCUGUUCACAGGAAGUGAAACUACAUCAGUUUGGCUUGAGAUAUGUACUUUACCUGGAAGCGGUGCAGCAUAUAUGUACUCGAAUUGUAAGCAGCGGAUAUAUACUCGAAUUUGUAAGCAGUGCGACAGAUAUGUACUCAGAUUUGUAAGCAGUGCGGCAUAUAUGUACUCAAAUUUGUUAGCAUAUAUGUACUCGAAUUUGUGAGCAGUGUGCCAGAUAUGU